CAGCAACCCCGCACUGUCUUGCUUUCGGAUGUGAUUCUUCACUAGGACUUAACGCUCUCAACGAGUUUGCCGCCUCUUCACUUAGGCUGCCACGACUGAGCCUCUGGACCUUAUUCCUUCCGCAUACACCCGUCAAAACUCACUGCAAAGCAAUGCGCCUUUUGCAACGUAGCAGCACUAGCGAAUUUAGUCUUACAAAGGAUUUGGUUGGCGAUACAAUUCCCUCCUAUGCAAUCCUUUGGCACGAAAAUUUAAGCCUCCCUUCUAGCGUUCUAGACCUUGAAGUUGCAUAUCCAACGCCGACGCCAAUCGUCUUCCCCGCCAUGGCCGAACAUAUUGGCCGGUACUCUGAGGGCAGCCAUACGAGGUUCUCUGAAUUAUGUGUUAUCCAUGCUCUGUCUAAACUUAAAGUCCAGCCUUGGAAUCGGUGAUUUUGAGAAUCCUGAACACUCCGUGUUAUAUUUGAACCCGUUGAUGCGUCAAUAGCGAUAGUACCGAUUUCAGUAUGAAGACACGAGCCGGUAGUAUCGAAUGAUAUAUUAAUGAGUGGCGCAUCGAUGCUGAGCGUCUGCAAGCACUCGCCCCUGCUUGCAUUCCAGAUCUUGAUCGUCCUAUCAAGCGACCCCGACGCGAGCCGUGUUGAGUCGGGUGAGAAAGCGGCCGACAAGGCAUAAUUAACUGCUAUGGCCCUCGAGCGUCUGCAGGCACUCGCCCCUGCUUGCAUCCCAGCCCCGCUAGCCCUGCCGACAGGACGCAUCCGGAAAAGUGCGAGAGUAUUCGAGGCCCAGCAGUCGCUAGGGACACGGACAACAGCACUGCGGACGACGCGGAGCAGAGCUGGAACAACCAUACCGCAGCCGACGCAGAACGAACCAUCAUUGAUAGCACUGCAACC